AGCUGACUGUUUUUAUAUUAUGAACGUAUAAAUAUUUAAGGUUAUAAAGUGGCUUUUAAAGUGGUCGUAAACAUGAUACGACAAUUCAUUCACAUUGACGCAGUCAUUUUAUAUAGUCAAGCACUUCAGGAUUUAUGACAUUUCAUGCGAUUAAUAAUGGAAUAAACAAGAAUAGCAUUUCAGGUGUUGCUGUUCGUAAAAUGAAUAACGAAAAAGUACAAGAAAAAAACCCUCGUGGUAACACAAUCUGUCAUACUUUUUUAACCGUCUUCCUAUUUGCAUGUUUAUUUAUAUCUAAUUAUUGUUUUCUAAAUCAUAUUAAAAGCGCUAACGAUGCGAUAAAAUUACGAGUGCAACACCUAGAAAAAGACGCCGAAAUUACGAAAGACAUUAUCGUUAAUGUUUCUGGUAUACUACGCGAUAUAACGUAUGUUGUUACCGAAAGAAGCGAACCCAACGUACAAGGUACUGACAAUAAAAAAAGACGUAGAAGAAAUAUUGACAAAGCAGUGAAUAAUAAUGAUGAUACACAAAAAAUAAUGGAAGGAACGCUGUACAGUUUGAAGAGGGAAAUGACAUCCUUAAACGACAGGCUCCGCAUUCUUCUACGUUAUGGCAGUGAAAGCAGUAUAUUUCCUGAGCGUGGACCACCAGGACCACCUGGAUUGCCAGGCAAAACGGGCUCUCCUGGGCCUCCCGGGAUUAACGGCCGAGAUGGUUUACAAGGUAUUAGAGGUCCAAAAGGCCCUGUUGGACCUGUUGGCCCAACUGGCUUGGAAGGCCCUAUGGGAAAAGACGGCAUACCUGGAAUUAAUGGAAUUCCAGGUAUACCAGGAUAUAGCGGAGGAAAAGGUGAAAAGGGCACUCCUGGUCGAGAAGGGAUAAUGGGAAUAGAUGGGUCACCUGGAACAACGGGCAGAGACGGCCCACCUGGACGGCCUGGAAGAACUGGUCAAAAAGGAGAAGCAGGCGACUGCAAUUGUAAAGAAUCUUAUGUAACACCACCAAAUGCCGCAGAAAAAGGAACUACAAAGAAGGCUGUUAAUCUGGUUUACACCAUGUGGGGCUCUUCAACCUGUCCGUUUACAAGUGAUAUAUUGUUUUCAGGUCAAGUCUCCGUUGGCAAGUUCAAAUAUAAAACUGGUAUAGGUGGAUCCAAUCCAAUAUGUUUGCCUUUAUCAACAAGAUCGCGAAGACGAUCAGGACGUGAUGUAGAUAGUAUCAUGUUAGGCGAAGAAAAAGAAGAAGAAGAAGAAGAAAGUGAGACUACAAAAGCGGUGUAUUUGAACGUUACUUCAAGUACAAAGAAUACUUCCACCAAUCUAACCACGACUGGUAUCCCUUUUACAAAUGCAACUUCACCUCCAACUGUGAAGCCAUUUGUUCCCUCAUAUUCAAAAUUGACUGGUACUCGUAAAUAUGUCCCUUGUGCUGCAUGCCACAUUGAAGGGAAGUCUGCAAAAUUAAUGAUACCUUCCCGAACGCAAUGUCCAAAGUCGUGGAGGAUUGAGUAUCAAGGCUAUUUGAUGAAUUAUCACCAUGAUAAUAAAGAGAGCGAAAUUUUAUGCGUUUACGAUCAAGCGAUGGGUGCGAAUCCAAGUUCAGAUGCGGGGAUAAGAGAGAUUAUUUCCACGUACAUGACCCACUUAAGGAUUGAUUGCGAUACGAUUCCAUGUCCCCCUUUUCAUGAAGAUCUGCUGAAAUGUGUUGUUUGCUCCAAGUAAGAAAUUCUGAACAAGUCAGAUGUUGUCCAUUGUCCAUUAAACUGAGAAGAAAGAUGAAACCAUCCGCAAUAAUUAUUCCGACAUUAACACGGAUAAAAAGUAGAAUAUGUACAUGAAGUUUCUCGCCUUAAAGCUCUUUUGGAUUCUUAGGUUUAUCUCAAAGAGCUGUAUCGUCGAGAAUGUUACGUGAAUGCUUAUGAGCUUGAACGUGUUUCUCCACAGCCUCUUUUUGAAAUUGAGAAACACACUUGUUUUUAUAAAAACCGUAUAUACGAAGCGCGACAUUCUAAAAUCGCACUAAAAUAAAAGUAGUAUGGAAGAAUCUUUCCCAACCAUGACGAAUUUUCUUUUACUUCUAUCAGUGCACAAUAGGGCUUCGUUUAGAAUUUCCAAUUUCUCCUUUCCCAAAGUUAUUUUUUCAAAAUAAGCCCAACGGUGGAGCGACAAUAAACACCGCUGAGAACGGAAGGAAUAUUUUUUUUAUUCCUUACGAACUCUUGUAUUAUAUUUUUGAAAUUAUAAUUUGUAAUAUCCGUAUUUUUAUAUCUUGAUGUUGUACUUAUGUUCGUAACUGCAAACUAUAGAACAAUAUACUAACUACA